AUGGAUGCUCGCGUCUAUUCCAUCAGUUCUACCGCUGCCAUGGACUGCUGCAUCCAUCGGGACGAUGAACACUCUGGGACCGAUGUGGAGCAAGUCGGACAAUCCGAACUGGGACGACAGGAAUUUCUUCGCGCUGUGCUUGCUCGAGGCGGGAACACUCAUGCCAUCGUGCUCAGUGGAAAGCUAGACUGCUGGGGAUCAAACGUGGAUGGGGAGCUAGACGUACAGAAAAAUCGCAGCUUUGUCAUGGUGAGCUCCGGCUAUGGCUACACUUGCGGGCUCAUCAAGACUGGUGAAGCGUUUUGCUGGGGAUGGGACGCUCCAGUCCGUUCACUGCCCAGUGGUAUCACCUUUGGUGCUUUGUUCUCCGGAGGAACACACGCUUGCGGACUGGUAAAGAACAGUAGCGCUCCGGUUUGUUGGGGAUAUAACGACCACGGACAGGUCCAGGGCCGGUUGACGAUCCAAGCAUUUUGUUCGCUAGCUUUGGGACUGUUCCACUCAUGCGGGAUAGUGAAGGACACAGGGAACGUAGUCUGCUGGGGUGACAAUGCUUUCAACCAGACGGAUGCCCCGGAAGGCGAGGCCUUUUCAGUCAUUUCAGCUGGAGACUACUACACCUGUGGUGUGAGCUUGAAAGAUCCAGAGAGGGUCAAGUGCUGGGGAAACUCGGUUGAUUUCGCAGGAGCAAGUAUCAGAGUGACCCAAGGAUUGUGUACAAGUGACGCAUGUAGCAAGCAGCAGUACCAGCUUUUGCAAGCUGGCUCGAAGAGGUGUCCGGUUGCUGGCGAUCGAGUGUGUCUUGAGUGUUUACGAGGCAGCAAGCAGUGCACGGGAAGGGAGCCAACGAAAUUGCAUGACUCAAGGAACUUAGCAGUGGGAUUUUCUAUGGAAGGAAUCUUCAUCCUUGGCGCUGCUGCUUUUACAGCGGGGUAUUUUCUUCGGCGACGACCCAAGCGUCCAUUUCAAUGUGGCUGUUUACCUUGGCGAGGGAAACCAUCCACAUCGGAGGAAUGGGAGAUUCUAGCAAACAGGCUGGUGACAUUCAGCAGCUCGGAGAUCAUCCACGCUACAAAAGGCUACUACUCAGACAUGAUCGUCGCGAAAGGUGCCAGCGGAGUGGUGUACAAGGCUGUUCUUCCACUGGCUUUGAAGAAAUCCCGUGCCGGUGACAAGUCUUUGAUGAAGGAGCUGUCCCUGCUAGCCAGAUCACCACACUUAUCUCGUGAACUUGGUGGGAUACUGCGCUCAAGAGCAGCUCCUGGCUUUCGAGUUCAUGGAGAACGGCUCGCUCUUCGACUGCCUUUUCAAGAAGCCAGAGAUCAGGCUGGAUUGCUACGGGAGAAUUCGCAUCGCAGCACAGGCAGCUCGAGGACUGGACUACUUACACAAGUAUGCGUCUCCAGAAAUACUCCAUCGAGAUGUGAAGCAGCAAACAUACUCUUGGAGGGGGACUGGAACGCACACUUGUCCGACUUUGGCUUCUCCCUCUCGACGUCGGGGAGUAGCACCCGGUUCAUGACAAUGGUGGGAACACGAGGCUACAUGGAACCGGAGUGCAAACCAUCAAGUUCACCACCAGGAGCGACGUCUACAGCUUUGGAGCGGUGCUGCUGA